UUCCACCACUCACCUACCUGUUGACGUUCAAAAGUUGACCAGCAGCAGAGUCAAAGCGCGGCCAUGUUGAUGGUACCAUAAUAACGCGUACCACUUUACCAUUCCUUUCGCAUCGACGUUUGUUCCGGGGACUUCAGGGUUUGAUCGCAGUUUCCUAGUGCCAAAAAUGCGUGCAAUUCCCGCAAAGUGACGGUUCCGCCGAGUACCACUGUGGGUGCGGUAAUUAAACAGGCACAGCGACAACAAACAACCAACGAUUAGUAUGCAAAACUGAUGUGAAUUUCUCAAAUCGUACUACUUACAUGACCUACAUCGGCGAGAAAAGGCUUUUACAUGGUACCAGCGACAUAGUAGUACCAAUUUGGAGGUCAUGGUGGCUCGGUAUGGUUUCUCUGCAAGCUGUUUAGAUCGUUCUGCAUAACAUGUCCGGCAAAAAACCGUUCUUGACCGCGAAAUCUAGUACGGGUGAAGGUCCGCCGGGCAUUGCGAGCACGGUACCGCCAAAAUAUCAGCCGCCUCCGGUCCCUGGAAGCACCGGGAUCCUCAAACACUCAACAGGGAAGGAUGUGGCCAAACAAUGCCCGGGAGGAAAAGUGCCGGAGCAUAGCUUGAACCCCUCAAAGUACUAUCAGGGGCAGCCGCUCCCCAAGCCCUACUACCCUAGUCAGUACCCAGUGCAAACUGUCCCUGUCCGGGUCGACGAUCACAAUCAACGGGUCACUCAGGUUCAGGUGCAUCAGGCCGAUCAUCGACGACCCCUGGAUGAGCCAGGAAUUCCACAUAUUAAUCCAAACGAGCUCAGAACGGCGCCGCUGGCCAAUCCCCAUAGACCUCUAGUGAGGUACGAGGAAGAAUUUCUCAGACCGGAAAUGCUGAAGUUUGUGCGAAAACCUGAAGAUCCUCGCCUGAUUGGUUCAACGCAAGACCAAGCCAGGCACAUGCAGAGCCUCCUGUUGGAUCUGCGGGCCUUGAAGGAGCAAAACCAGCACCUGGCGGACGACAACCAGGAGCUGCGGGAUUUGUGCUGUUUUCUGGACGACGACCGUCAAAAAGGGCGAAAACUAGCGCGCGAAUGGCAGCGUUUCGGCCGCUACACGGCCAGCGUCAUGCGACAAGAGGUCAGUGCCUACCAAAGCAAGCUGCGGGAACUGGACAACAAGCAACAGGAGCUGAUUAAGGACAAUCUGGAACUAAAGGAGCUGUGCCUUUACCUGGAUGAGGAGCGCGGCAAUGCGAUUUGCCCGUCCUGCGGCAGCAGCACUACAACCACUAACCUGAGGGAUGAUGGGGACGGAUCGAGCAGUAGCACUAAUGCAGAUGAACCCGCCGUUCCGCCGCAGUUCAGUCCGAACGGCCCUAGACGGUCUGCUAGUCGAGAGCGGAUAUUGCAUGAAAACCUGGCACGACAAAGAAGCACGUUUAAUGACCAAAUAAUGCAGUACGUGCGAAGCCUGGAGCAACGAGUGAAGCAGCUGGAGGAAGACAAGAGAUCGUUGACUCAUAAAAUCAACCAGAUCGCAACGACGACGGGCGAUCCCAGUUUGGCAGUGCCCCCCGAUCCACCAUUGGGGGGAUUGAGCGGGCGGCCAGAGGCCGUCGUUCGCGCUCUUCAAGUUCUUGAAGUUCGAGAGCAACUGGAGAGAGAAGAUCGGCCGCCCGAUAGGGGAGGAGUUGGGACUGAGGGAUUGACGCAGCCACAGGACAUGGACGACGGUCAAAAAGCGCUUCUUUGGGAGAUGUGCAAUGUGGUAUGGAGAAAACUGGAAGAAGGCCCGCCAACAUCCCGAAGAUAAACACGGACGUUUCCUUGCCAGACAAUUUGAAAUUAUUGAUCGCUGCUUGCCUGCAACACAUUAUUUAUUGUUCGUAAUGUAGUUUUUUGUGUACAAAAUACAAACAUUUUAUU